AUGCAUCCCAAAUUGCAACGCGCCUCGAUUCAGGAUGCGUGGUUGGGCUUUGUGCGGUCGCGGUUCGAGCCUCUCGAUCAGGCAAACGGGACAUACGAUCUAUCUGCCAGCGAGCGUGCUGAGAUGGAGCUUGGGAUUAUGUCGGAGUCCUUCGCGCUCGCAAAGCAAUACCGCAAUAAGGUAGUUAGCGGAGCUUGUCGUCUUCCCGCUAAGAUCCUCAAUUCUAUAUUCGCCAUGGCGCAAGAAGGUUGGGAUCCUUCACGCGAAGAAUGCCCAGGCAGGUCUACUGGAGCAACUCGUUCUCUGUGGAAGUUUACGCGAGGCUGGAUGGGAGUGACAGAGGUAUGUCAUACAUGGAGAGAGGAAUCAGUAGGCUGCCCGGCGCUGUGGACUCAUAUCCCAUGCCUCGGAGUGGAGCCUUCGCGGAUGCCAAUAAUUCUUGCACGCUCCCGUCGACUGCCCCUCACCCUUCGAUUCGAACCUCCUUCCAAUACGUCCAACGAGCAUACAAACAGCAUUCUCUCCGCCUUACAGAUGUGGCUAUCUCCCAUUGUUUUGCGACGUACAAUGCGUCUGGAUGUGGGCUCGCAAGGGGAGGUAAAUCAAGUCUUCGGAAUCUUCUGCGACAGAUGGCUUAUGUCUGUGGACACACCCGCGUUGAAGGAACUCGAGUUCAAGCUCGAAUCUGGGGCGAACACGACAUAUCUACGGGAAAACUUCUGUGCAGAGAAAGCAACACCGCCAAUCACGCGGCUGAACCUCAGAAACUGUCUCGUUCAUCCAUCCUCGCCUCUGCUAUCCAAGACCCUCACAUCUUUGUCUUUGCACACCAGCGAGUGGGCGUCAAGCCUUGCGUACACGACGGAUAUCAGGCUCAUCAUCGCUGGCAUGGAGAAUCUUCAAGAGCUUUGCCUCGCAAACGUAGCCCCUUGCUCCUAUGUCCACGACUCGGUCGACGUCAUUUUUCCGGGGUGUUUCCGAAAACUCGAUGUUAGGCUCGACGAGGACCAAGAUGAUACCAACAUGGCCAUGGUCCAAUUCCUCAAAGGGGUCGUCCUCCCGGCGGCUGCUCGCGCCUCCUACCAGUUCGACGAACCCGCUGCACUCGCCGAAGAGGAUCUACGCAGUCUUGUUCCCGGCCUGCUUUCCGGUGUGAACUGGAAGGAGACCAGGGUGGGUGUGCUGAUGACAGCCGACUCCAUCUCCCUCCGACCUCUCAUCGAUACUCAAGAUGGAGACAACUACCCUGAUUGUCAAACUAUACUUGAAGCCGUCGACCAAUAUGCCUUCGGUACCUGUCAGGACCGGCGGUUCUCUGCAGAUAUAUUCGACACGCACUACUCCAGCCCUUUAGGUUGUCUUGGUGACAUGUUGCCGUGCGAUCGAAUGCAGGCCCUCCAUCUCAAUGCAGCUGUCUUGGGGUAUUUCCUGGGCCAAUUCCUCGACAAGAGUGAUGAGCAGUUUGUGGAGGAGUGCUCUUCCUUCCGCAACGUGCGAAGGCUCACGGUUGAGUCGUCAUAUCAUCACCACCGACUCUUCUUCAACGUUCUAUCUAUGCGCCAUCCUGCGACAGGAGCACCGGACGCUGUCUUCCCUCGUCUCCGCACACUCGUCCUUCUGCAGAGCUCUUUACCCUCUCAUACCUUUCGGAUAUGGCGCGAGGGGUCGGCAGACGCACGGAGGGAAAUCAUCCUUGUUCAGGCAGGCUUGGAUGACCUUUUGGAAUCACGAGCUGCUGCCAACUGUCCCAUCGAGGAUAUCAUCGUAGACCAGGCCUAUUCUGCGUUGUUUGACUGGUCCUCAAUCACCGGCAAUACGACGGUCCGCUUCGUGAAUACUCGUCGUGCCGCCUGA